AACAGUGAGUGACCAGCAGCCGAUCUGUCAGCAGCGCACUCAGUGUUGUUCUGCGAGAUUCAGAGUCACCAGCUGAGAUUUAAACUGGAUAUAAUGGAGAAAAAUGGAAGGAUCGCGGAUUGAAAUCCCUGACUGCAUGUACAGAGAUUUGGACUGGACUUAAAACCACACUGCGGAUUGUGUUUCCCCCCUGGAUAUAACGCAGUGGAGUUACGCUAAUCUUUGUUACCGGACUGCAGGAAGACAAGGGGGCCUAACAGCUACGUUAGCAUUUAGCUUGCUGUGGAGUGUUUUUAUGCAGUGUGGGUCAGAUCUACAAUGGGUAACAUGAUAUUAUAUGUGACUGUGUGCUGUGUGGUCUAACGCAUCACCGCUGACAGCGUCUCUAAAUAAUCACCAACGUUUGUUACUGUGAACACAAGCUAAACCAGCUAACUGCUGGGACUAGCUUGUUGUUCCUGCUGCUAAUUCAGCCAGCAAGCGUCUUUUAAUGAGGAAUUACAACACUGAAAGCUGUGACUUUUGGUGGAGUCGUUUGGAGGAUACAGGUUCAGUGACUGCCUUUUCCUGCCACCCAUAAUAGUUGGCAAUCUGUCACUAAGAUAAGGAAUAACUUGCCUGAAGAUUAAACUUCAACCUCAUUGUGGUUGUGGUUGCACCUUGCUAUAAAUCCAGCACUCAGAGGUUUUUAUUCUCUCUUCUGAGCACCAACUGUGAUCAAAUAUAUGUUUUGUUAUCUUGGAUUUUAAAGCAAUAAGGUAAAAUAGACUCCAAUGUAUGUGUCAAGACAGACAGUCCUCCAUGUGUGUCAUUGUGUGCCCUUAAUAGUCUGAAAACCCACACCCACUGGAACACAGUCUUGUUGGAGUAAGUUCACCAGGCAAAACAAGGACUGUGUGCUGCUGGUGGACCCAGUAAAGGAACACUCAAGAGAGCUGGUCUUCUGGAUAUCCCUCCUUGUGGAUUCACUCCCUCAUCUUCAGCCCCAGCUCCACCUGGGGUCAGAUGUGAGAGGAUGGGCAGCCAAGGCAGCCCGGUGAAAAGCUACGACUACCUCCUUAAGUUCCUCCUGGUGGGAGACAGCGACGUGGGCAAAGGAGAGAUCCUGGACAGCCUGCAGGAUGGAUCAGCGGAGUCUCCGUAUGCUUACAGUAGUGGUAUCGACUAUAAAACCACCACCAUCCUUCUGGACGGGAGGAGAGUGAAGCUGGAGCUUUGGGACACUUCGGGACAGGGGAGGUUCUGCACCAUCUUUCGCUCGUAUUCCCGCGGGGCUCAGGGGAUCCUGCUGGUCUACGACAUCACCAACCGGUGGUCCUUCGAUGGAAUCGACCGGUGGAUCAGAGAGAUUGACGAGCAUGCUCCAGGCGUGCCUCGAAUCCUCGUCGGUAACCGCCUGCAUCUGGCCUUCAAGCGGCAGGUUCCCACCGAGCAGGCGAGGGCGUACGCCGAGAAGAACGGCAUGACCUUCUUCGAGGUGAGCCCUCUGUGCAACUUCAACGUCAUCGAGUCGUUCACGGAGCUGUCACGCAUCGUCCUGAUGAGGCACGGCAUGGAGAAGUUCUGGAGGCCCAACCGAGUGUUCUCCCUGCAGGAUCUCUGCUGCAGAGCCAUCGUCUCGUGCACGCCGGUCCACCUCAUCGACAAGCUCCCGCUGCCCGUCGCCAUCAAGUCCCACCUCAAGUCCUUCUCCAUGGCCAACGGCAUGAACGCCGUCAUGAUGCACGGACGCUCGUACUCGCUGGCCAACCCGGCCGGCGGCUCUAAAGGCAACAGCCUGAAGCGCUCCAAGUCCAUCCGUCCGCCGCAGAGCCCGCCGCAGAACUGCACCCGAAACAACUGUAAGAUCUCCUAAUGGACGGAUGAGGAGGGGUCGGGGUCAGAGACGAUGAAGGACGCACAGCAUGAGAUCAGGAGACGGAUAUACAGGUUCUUAGUGUUUGACAGGAAGGAGCACAUCCCGGCCUGAGGAGCUGAAGAGCAGAAUGAUGGAUGAAGGGAUGGAUGAGCACUACCUCUCACCUUGAAGAGUUCUGCAGGUGGAAGGGGGGCGGGGCCUGAAAGGUGCUUCAAGAUUCCAGAGAAGGAUCCUGAAAGGUCUCCACAGAUCUGAUUCUCACUACUUGUAACUGCGAUGAAAGAGAGACACGGACUCUGGAUUCACUUCCGUCUGCUUGAGAUUUAACUACGUGUACAGAAACCCUUCACCAACUCAAGAGACCGUAUUUAGUUCCUCGACAUGAAGCACUCCACGAUGUGUCGGUGCAUCACGGAAAUCACCUCAAGAACUCACUUCUAUGUCUCCCGUUCCUUUCUCUCCGUCCGUCUGGUUUUAUUCACUCCUCUUCUUUCCACUCUUUUAACGAGCGAUAAGCUAACGAGCGAGACACUAAUGAGCAGUCAGCCACAGACGUGUUUGAACACUUGUUAGAAAAUGUUUGAACGGUGAAGGUCUCCAUCCAGUUUUAGGUGAAACACAUCUUAACACAAACACGCCCUCCUUUUCCUCCUUCCCCCUCUUUCCCUGUGAAACGUUUAGACUCACCCCCCUCAUGUUCUCAGGAUUCACACCUCCCCUGUCAUUGUUCCCCCUCACCUGCUGCAGGCACAAACACCACCUUUAAGAAACACAUCUCCACAGACUAAAGACACUCUGCUCCCUCAGAGGUCAAAUCCACUGCAGACAUGUUCUGGAUGAACUCAACCAGAGCAGAUUGAUCUCCUGAGAAAUGUUCACCAGCUCUUUUUUUAAAGUAAAGUUUUUAAUAUUUGACGUUUUGCUGCUUCUCUCACUCGAGUAUCUUCUUAAACUAAAUCUGAUUUUUGGAUGCUGGUUGGUAAAAACAGAUCUCCUCUCACAGCUUACCCUCCAAAAAUUCAGAAAAUCAAACAAAUAAUAAAAGUUAAGAGAUGAUUCAG